AUGGCUUCAUCGACAAGCACCUACGAGCAUGCUCGAACUAUGUCUAUGGCAUCUAGUAUUGCGCCUACUGUUGUUCCUUCCGACUCUGAUUCAGCGACACUUGUGCAACGCCCAUCUCGCAGCAAAUCUAUCGAGAGCGAGCGCCCACAAACGGCAACAAAAAUUCGCCCCCCGCUUGUUUAUCCUGCGUUACUCUCCCGAGUCGCCGAGUGUUUUAGACAAAAGAUCUACGUCGGAGACCGCACCAAGAACGAACUGACGUACAAAAAUGCCUUUAGCGGCUCUGAGGCUGUCGAUGUGUUGUCUUACAUUAUCAGAACGACGGAUAGAAAUCUUGCACUUCUUCUUGGUCGUGCGUUGGAUGCACAAAAAUUCUUCCAUGAUGUUACCUACGAGCAUCGCCUGCGAGACUCCCAGUCCGAGAUGUAUCAGUUCAAAGAAACCUUGGUGGACGAGCCCGAAGAAAAAUCAUCCGUUAAUGGUGUCUUCGUCUUACUUUCCGAAUGCUACUCGCCUACUUGUACACGAGAGCAACUUUGUUAUUCGAUUGCGUGUCCUCGCAGAUUGGAACAGGUGUCACGCUUGAAUCUCAAAAUCAACCCUGGACUUCGAAAAGAUGACGCUACAAACCUGCACGAUGAUGAGGCAGACCAGACUGAUGAGCAAAAACUCUGGAUCAACUCAGUACCGAAAGAAAUAGCGGAUGCUGUUGGCGAGCGAGAAAAGAAGAGGCAAGAAGUCAUCUCUGAGAUCUGCUACACAGAAAGAGACUUCGUCAAGGAUCUUGAGUAUUUGCGCGACUUCUGGAUUCUCCCUCUGAGGUCAAAGCAGUCGCCAAUACCCCCACAACGUCGCGAGAAGGUCGUCAAAACAAUUUUCAGCAACAUCAUCGACCACCCCAGCAUACAUACUGUCAGCUCAAGAUUCGCAUCAUCUCUCACCAACCGUCAACAGAAGGAUCCGAUUGUUCAUAACAUCGGUGAUGUUUUCCUGGAAUUUGUACCCCAGUUUGAGCCCUUCAUCUGGUACGGAUCCAAGCAGCUUGAGGGCAAAUUCGGGUUUGAAAACGAGCGGUCAAUAAAUCAGCAGUUCUCCGGUUUUGUCGAUGAAAUUGAGAGAAAGAGGGAAUCCCGCAAACUCGAACUCAACGGGUAUUUGACCAAGCCAACCACUCGAUUGGCUCGGUACCCCCUCCUGCUUGAAAAUGUCCUCAAAUAUACAGAGGAUGACAAUCCCGAUAAAGCUGACAUACCCAAAGUGCUCACCAUGAUCAGAGAUCUCCUUGGCCGCGUGAAUGCAGAAUCUGGCAAGGCUGAGAAUCGUUUCAAUCUGAGACGCUUGCACGAGCAGCUACGUUUUAAACCAAACGAAAAGGUUGACCUUCGACUGACUGAAGAAGGACGUGAACUCGUCUUCAAGAGUCAAUUCAAGAAGUCACCGACAGACCCAGCUGAGAUUACAGCAUUCCUGUUUGAUCAUGCCGUUUUGCUGGUUCGUAUCAAGCAAAAGGGGAAGAUAGAAGACAUCACUGCGUACCGGCGACCGAUACCUCUGGAGCUCCUUGCGAUUCGAGAGAUGGACGAAGUGAUACCUUUGCAGGGCUCGAUAAAACGAUCGUCCUCAAGUCUUAUUCCGUCAAUCCGAACAACCGCGUCAGAUACCAAGAAGGGCGAAGGCUGGCCCAUCACAUUUCGACAUUUAGGGAAAGCGGGCUACGAACAGACUCUCUAUGCCUCUAAUCAAGCAGCAAGAAAGAAAUGGCUAGAGUUUAUCGACAAUGCCCAGCAGCGCCUUCGCGCUCGCGCCGAUUUCUUCAACACGACUCCAAUUUCGAGCAAUUUUUUUGGAGGCACCAACCAGGUGAACUGUGUUACGCCGUUUGACGGCGGGAGGAAAUUACUCUACGGCACUGAUAGCGGUAUCUAUGUCUCCGAUCGCAAAAUUUUGUAUGCAUACGAGGAUGAAAAGGGCGAAGACGUCGUGGAGGCAAUUGACUUUUGGAAGAACAAUAGACGCUCGGAUGUUCCUGGCUCGUCUUCGCCCUGA